AUGUCAGGACUACAGUGUGCACAGAGACCAUCGUCGCCACCACCGCCACUACCAUCUACAUCGUCAGAGCCGCCAUUGAAACGCCAGCGUACCAUCAAUCAAGUCGGAGGGAUCGGUCCUGUUGCUGCUGCUACCGCUCCAGUAACCACUGAAACACCAUCUACUCCCUACGCGUUUACAAAGAAAGGUACGAGGACGCACAAGAAAACAUCGGCAGUCGACACGACCUACGACAUAAAGUUUGACGAUCAGUGGAAAGGGAAAAAACUCAAAGAUUUACAUCACGAUUUGUAUGGCAUGUUUGAAGACGUUCUCAAAGAAGCCACCAUCGAUCUACAAGGCAGCGACCUUGGACGUGUGAUCGUCCAUCACGAUGCCCUGAAUUCACCGAUCGUCGUACCCCUACAACCGCUACCCGAACUGAAUGCUGACGUCAUCUUGGGACACAUCGAGAAAGUACUCCAGAGCAACGAAGAUUUACCACUGGACGCAUCUUUCAGCAUUCAAGUCGGUACCAUACAAAUCCCGAGAGGCGGAAGAUCUGACGUCACACUGACCAAUCUCAAUGGACCUGACAAUUCGGUGCACAUAAAGCAGUCAUUGGUGGAAAUCGUGAAUGACGACGAUUUGUGCAUGUCCCGUGCCAUCAGUGUUGCCUGGGCCAAACUGAACUGCAUCUCGAGCAAAGAUUGGCAAGACCUCGUGGGUGGUCCUUACCCCAAGACACCGCUCAUCGACUUGAUCAUACAUCACAAGAAAUGCCCUCAAUCAUUCUACAUUAAUCUGAGAAACAAAACUCGCCGAGAGCAGAAGACGUUGGCUCUGAAACUGUGUGCACUGGCAGGAGUACCCACCAAUCGUCCAUGCAGUUUGAAUGACAUUCCUGCCUUUGAACAAGUCUUGGGAUGCCAAAUCCUCGUGAUCAGUGCCGAACUGGGUAACAAAUUCCUGCGAGUGGGUGACCAGACGUCACAGGCACCCAGACUCUUUCUAUAUUUUGUGGAGCAGCCAACACCCCAUUUUCACACCAUUGUGAAGAUCACUGGAUUUUUUUCGGCGUCCUACUUUUGUCAACAUUGUUUGAAACCAUACAACGACAAGAAAAAUCAUUCCUGUUCUUUGACCUGCAUCGUGUGUCAUAGCCAGAACUGUCCCGAAACCGACGUCCAGAUGUCGUGUCGUCACUGUCACGUGACCUGUCGAUCGCCGGAAUGCUUUCAACGUCACAAGCAACAAAAGCAAGACAACAAGGGACGCACCAUCCCCUCCAAGUGUGAGAGUUUUUGGAAAUGUACCAUCUGCAAAAAGAUGCUCGACAGAAGCGAGAGGGAUCCUAAACUCCACACCUGUGGGGAAUGGAAAUGUCCCUGCUGUAACAACUAUGUGGACCAAGGUCAUCUUUGCUACCAGCCUCCCAAAGAACACAUUGAGGUCCACACAAAAUUAUUUUUUUACGAUUUCGAAUGCCGCCAGGAUGAAUUACUUCAAUGCCAGGAAGGUUACCUGCCUAGUGGAGUCUGUCUAACCUGUACAGGAGACAACUGCAGUCAUCAGUCUCGGUGUCAACAUUGCCAUCAAUCGUGGUGUGGCAAACAACAACACGUGCCAAACUACCUGGUGGCACAGACGGCCUGUGAAGUGUGCAAACACGAACCAGUCACAGAAACAUCCAAAUGUCAUGCAUGCGGGUCAAGGUGUCCAUGCUGUAACAAACGAGACAAGAAGAAGAAUUACCUGAAGGAACCAUGUGAUAAGACUUGUGGAUUUCGUCAAGUCAUCUUUCAAGGCGACGGAGCCCACAUUCGGUUUUGCCAAUGGCUGUUCCAAGACGACCACAAAGAUGUCACGGCUAUCGCCCAUAAUAACAAGGCCUACGAUGCCUACUUUCUUCUGGAAUACAUGAUUGACCAGUCGAUGUAUCCACAAAAAAUCAUUUUCAAUGGAUCAAAAAUCAUGUACCUGCAAGUGGAGAGAGGACUUAACAUCAGGAUUAUUGACAGCUUGAAUUUUCUCCCCAUGAAGCUGGCUGCUUUUCCCAAGGCAUUUGGUUUGACGGAACUGAAGAAGGGAUACUUUCCCCAUUAUUUUAACACCCUAGGAAACCAGAAUUAUCGUGGACCGUUUCACGAACCUAACAUGUAUGGUGCCAAUUACAUGGGAUCCAAGGAGAGAUCAACAUUUCUUAAGUGGCAUACUGAACAACAGGGAAUAUUCGACUUUCAGAAAGAGAUGAGGGAAUACUGUGUCUCUGACGUCGCUGUUCUCAGAGAAGCCUGCUUAAAAUUUCAAGCUCUGAUGCUGGAAGCCACUGGUGAAAAACAGAUAGACCUCGAUACCAAAGCUGUCACCUACAUCAAUGGCAUCGAUCCGUUUGCCCAGUACAUCACCAUUGCCUCGGUAUGUAUGGGCAUCUUUCAAACCAAAUUUCUCAAGAAACAUCAGCAUGUCAAACUUACAGACACCCAGAAAAUCACAGACUGGAUGACGGUCAAUGAGGAUGGAUCCAUCAAGGUGAAACCUGAUUUAUGGCUGACAGAAGAAGAGUUGAGAGAUCGUGGAAUGACCAUCUUCGAGUCUGAAACUGUACCCAGUCCUAUAGCUCAAGUGCCAAGUGAGGGGUACAUCCAAAAAGAUCAGUUCAGCAGAGUGUCCAUCCAGUGGUUGGAAUGGGUUCAACACCGAAAUCAAGACAAGUACCAGAUCCAGCAUGCACUGAAUGGUGGGGAACAUCAGGUACCAGGAACUCAUUACCGACUGGAUGGUUUCUGUGCGAAGACGAACACGGCCUUUGAGUUCCAUGGCUGCUUGUGGCACGGCUGUCGACACUGCUUCCCACACGAACAGCUGAAGCAAUUUGUGAACUCUUUGGAUCUUCAAGACCGGUUAAAUCCCAGAGAUUCAUUCUUUGGAGGAAGAACGAAUGCCAGCACGUUGCACUAUAAAGUCAAAGAAGGGGAAGAAGUCAAGUACGUGGAUUUCACGUCUCUAUACCCUUGGGUCAACAAAUAUUGUCAGUAUCCCGUAGGACAUCCUGAAAUCAUACACAAGGAUUUCAAGCCACUGCAUCAAUACUUUGGAAUCGCCAAGGUGAAAGUUGCCCCUCCUAGAAAACUGUACCAUCCUGUUCUGCCUUACCGUUCCAAUGGAAAACUCAAAUUUCCUUUGUGCAGAACCUGUUCGGAUCAGGAACUACAAACACCAUGCCAUCAUUCGGAUGAAGAGAGGAACAUCAUUGGAACCUGGUGCAUACCCGAAAUUCUUAAAGCCGUGGAAAAGGGGUACCAAGUCACCACAGUGUACGAGGUCUACCAUUGGCCUGAAACAACCCAGUACGAUCCAACAACAUGUGACGGCGGUCUCUUUGCCGAGUACAUCAACACCUUUCUCAAGCUAAAACAAGAAGCCAGUGGAUGGCCUGAAUGGUGUUUGACAGAUGAAGAUAAAGACCAAUACAUCAGGCAAUAUCGAGACAAAGAGGGCGUACAGCUGGAUAAACAUAAAAUCACAAAGAAUCCGGGACUUCGUUCGCUGGCCAAGCUGUGUCUGAACAGUUUCUGGGGGAAGUAUGGUCAACGUCUGAACAUGAAACAGUCUGCCUUCAUCCACGAAAGCAAUGCAGACGUUUUCUUCCAGAUGUUGGCAGAUCCCACCAAAGAAGUUAUCGAUUUCCACGUGUUGACAGAAACCAUUUUGCAGCUCGAAUACCAACACAAAUCCACCUUCAUCCCAGAAGAUUUAAAAACCAACGUUUUUCUGGCGACGUUUACCACUUCCUGGGCGAGAUUGAAGUUAUACAGUGUGUUGGAACAGCUGGGCGAAAAUGUGUUGUACUACGACACGGACUCGGUCAUUUUCAUGGCAAGACCUGGAGACUACCAGCCCCCUCUGGGAGAUUAUCUUGGUGAAUUGACUGACGAAUUGGAUGGUCAGUUCAUCACCGAAUUUGUCAGUGGAGGUCCAAAAAAUUAUGGCGUCGUAGGUAUCAUCAUCGUGGAGAGCAGAGUCCGUUUUAUAUUCUCGAGCAGCGUCCGUUUGAUCUGUGGGUUCUUUAAUUUCACCAUCUUCACAGUCAACAUCUGGUUGGAGUUCACGGGUAGCACCCGCUCGAUCUCAAAACUGGACGUAGAUCUUGUCUGUAGACUUUUCGGAGAGCGAAUGAAGAUACUAACAAAACUACCCUUUUUAUAUUCUAAAAUAGCAGUCCAAGGUCAGUCCAAGGACGUCAGAACCGGGUCAAGGCCAGCCUAA